AUGACUAUGAGCUCAGAAAUUGCCGGUGCUAUUGAAGAAGACGAAGACAUGUUCGAUCAAGAUCUUAAGGGGGCAGAAGGAGUCCAAGUUAAUGCAAUAGAACCUUCCAGGAUACCUAAGUUCUCUGUUAAUGGAGCUAAAUCUCCGAAUGCUGAUUUAACUCUAUCUCAAAGAAUGUUGAGCGCAUGUGCAGGAUCACUACUAACAUCUCUGGUUGUAACCCCUUUUGACGUUGUAAGAAUUAGAUUGCAACAGCAGGAACUACUCUAUCCUGUUCAGUCUGAAGGUACAACUUGUUGUAGGAAAGUAUUUUGGGAAAAUCAGCCAAAUGAGAAACCUAUGGGCUCCAUCAAAGGCAACUUCUGCCAACCAAACACCUGUUUUCAAGAAGGAGAUAAAAUAAGCGGGACUUUUCAAGGAAUAAAGAAAAUAUCUUCACAGGAAGGCUUUACUACAUUAUAUCGAGGAUUGGGACUAACAUUGGUUAUGGCCAUACCUGCCAAUGUUGUGUAUUUUUCAGGUUAUGAAUUCCUCAGAGAUUCUUCCCCGUUCAAGCAAUCAAAUCCAGUUUUGAAUCCAUUAAUGUGUGGAUCAAUAGCUCGUGUAUUAGCAGCUACGUCUGUUGCGCCUCUUGAGUUGAUAAAAACCAGAACACAGGCUGUACCAUCCUCGCAAGGUAUGACUUCGGGCGGUAUCUUAAGAAUGGUUGUGAGAAAUUCAAUUAAUGAUGUUAAACAGCGAGGCUUAUCAUCCAUAUUCAAAGGUUUGGGGCUAACCUUGUGGAGAGAUGUUCCAUUUAGUGGUAUAUAUUGGUCAACGUAUGAGUAUAUUACACAUGCCUUAAAGAAAGAUAUGUAUAUUGGUGAAUCGAACAACUACAUCAACAGUGACUCUUCCCUUUUUCUCAGAUCAUUUAUUGGUGGCUCACUUGCUGGUAUUACCGCUGCAUUUUUCACAAAUCCCUUUGAUGUAGGAAAAACAAGAAUGCAAGUUUCCAUGGAAGAUGAGAAGAAAAUGGGAAGUCUUGCCUCAAAAACCAAUUCGAAAGAUACCAUCUUUAAAUUCAUUUCACAGAUAUACAAAAACGAGGGAAUUGGCGCAUUAUAUGUUGGUUUGGUUCCAAGAAGUCUGAAAAUUGCCCCAGCAUGUGCAAUCAUGAUUUCCAGUUAUGAGAUGACAAAAAAGUUUUUCAAAGAGAAAUCAGCUUGA